AUGUCGACGCCACCACGAAAAAUUCUCAUCGCCAUGGAUGGCAGCAAGCAUUCUGACUAUGCCUUUGAUUGGUACGUGAAAUAUUUCUACAAGGACAAGGACGACGUGUUAAUCGCCUACUGCUCCGAGCACGCGGGACUCUUGACUGCACCAUUCCAGGCCCCAGCGUCGUCUGCUGUCUCUAGGAUGGUCAGGGAGGAGGAGAUGGAUUCUGCAAGCGCCUUGAGCCAAUUUCAGAAGAAGUUGCAAAACGCUGGGAUUAAAGGCAACGUGAUUCGACUGUCUGGCGGCAAACCCGGCGAGGUCAUUGUCAAGGCCAGCGAAGAACACAAAGUGGACAUGAUCAUCACAGGGACACGAGGCCUGGGUACCAUCCGACGGACUCUGAUGGGCAGUGUGAGCCAGUACGUGGUCCACCACGCCAGCUGUCCGGUGCUGGUGGUCAGGCAGUGA